GUUCGCCAUGAGCGCUGCAACGAAAAGCGACGACUUUGAGAUUCGCGUGUGUGGUGUGGAGGAUGGCGACAGAAUGAUGGAGUUCCUCUUGGAGCACUACUAUCGGGAGGAGCCACUUACUGCCGGCUGUGCGCCACCAGAGCCAGAUGAGAAAGAUAAACAAUUUCUACUCUCCAAUUUGCCACAUGGCACCUGCCUUCUAAUGCUCCACAAUGAUCGCAUUGUGGCCGCCGCCGUCGCUGGGCCCAAGGAGGCCAACGCGGUGGAUGACCUGUUCGAGCAGGCCGCACAGCUGGCCGGCACCAAAUGGGGUCGUAUUCUGGGCAUUUUGGCCAUUGCGGAGCGCGAUGCGAACGUCUUCAAGCGUUACGGCGUGGACAAAGCUCUACACCUGCACGCCAUUGGCGUGGACUCGCAAAUGCGUGGACGUGCUGCAGGCCAGCGACUCAUAAACGCCCUCGUUGCCCUGGGCAAGGAGCUGGGCUAUCCGCUGCUUACCGCCGACUGCUCCAGCUUCUACUCCAGCCGACUGAUGCAGCGCCUCGGCUUCGACGUGGUCAACCGAAUACCCUACACAGACUACGUGGACGACGCUGGGGAGCAGAUCGUGCGACCACCUGAGCCCCAUCUGGCCUUGGAGACGGUCGCUCUGCGUUUAUAGCUCUAAUUUGCAAGAGCGAGAUAGACUGAGCGGCAGAGGGCGGCCCUAUCUAAAUCAUAAAUGAGAAACAUUUGCCCAAGUCAUCAUAAAUAUUUGACACU